UGGCGCCGCGUGAGUCCCCCACUGGCUGCUGUGAAAAGCCAUCUUUGCAUUGUUCCUCGUCCGCCUCCUUGCUCGCCGCAGCCGCCUCCGCCGCGCGCCUCCUUCGCCGCCGCGGACUCUGGCAGCUUUAUUGCCAGUCCCUGAACUCUCGCUUUCUUUUUAAUCCCCUGCAUCGGAUCACCGGCGUGCCCCACCAUGUCAGACGCAGCCGUAGACACCAGCUCCGAAAUAACCACCAAGGACUUAAAGGAGAAGAAAGAAGUUGUGGAAGAGGCGGAAAAUGGAAGAGACGCCCCUGCUAACGGGAAUGCUGAGAAUGAGGAAAAUGGGGAGCAGGAGGCUGACAAUGAGGUAGAUGAAGAAGAGGAAGAAGGUGGGGAGGAAGAGGAGGAGGAAGAAGAAGGUGAUGGUGAGGAAGAGGAUGGAGAUGAAGAUGAGGAAGCUGAGUCAGCUACGGGCAAGCGGGCAGCUGAAGAUGAUGAGGUGGGUUCUGGCUUGAGAAGAAGGGGGGUUUGGCAUCUGGGUCUCCCCACUUGCCUCCAGCUGAGGUGCUCAAGCUGCUGAGGGACUGUUUCUGAGUUUGUAGGUGGCCACUGUGUGGUCCUGAAUCUUAAGAACAGGAAGGAACAGGGCUGGGCACAACUUCCCAGAGGCCUUGGGCUGUGGAGCUGGGGGUCCCUGGUUCUUGCUUUGCCAGCGGGAACUGAGGCAGUGGGUUGGAUAGGGCCCCUGGGGUUGGAGGGGCCUUUGACAGUCUUUCUCUGCCUAGGAUGACGAUGUCGAUACCAAGAAGCAGAAGACCGACGAGGAUGACUAGACAGCAAAAAAGGAAAAGUUAAACUAAAAAAAAAAGGCCGCCGUGACCUAUUCACCCUCCACUUCCCGUCUCAGAAUCUAAACGUGGUCACCUUCGAGUAGAGAGGCCCGCCCGCCCACCGUGGGCAGUGCCACCCGCAGAUGACACGCGCUCUCCACCACCCAACCCAAACCAUGAGAAUUUGCAACAGGGGAGGAAAAAAGAACCAAAACUUCCAAGGCCCUGCUUUUUUUCUUAAAAGUACUUUAAAAAGGAAAUUUGUUUGUAUUUUUUAUUUACAUUUUAUAUUUUUGUACAUAUUGUUAGGGUCAGCCAUUUUUAAUGAUCUCGGAUGACCAAACCAGCCUUCGGAGCGUUCUCUGUCCUACUUCUGACUUUACUUGUGGUGUGACCAUGUUCAUUAUAAUCUCAAAGGAGAAAAAAAACCUUGUAAAAAAAGCAAAAAUGACAACAGAAAAACAAUCUUAUUCCGAGCAUUCCAGUAACUUUUUUGUGUAUGUACUUAGCUGUACUAUAAGUAGUUGGUUUGUAUGAGAUGGUUAAAAAGGCCAAAGAUAAAAGGUUUCUUUUUUUUCCUUUUUUGUCUAUGAAGUUGCUGUUUAUUUUUUUUGGCCUGUUUGAUGUAUGUGUGAAACAAUGUUGUCCAACAAUAAACAGGAAUUUUAUUUUGCUGAGUUGUUCUAACAAA